CCUAUUCAGUCACAGCCCAGGGAGGGUGGAUUCAUCUCCAGCGCGCAGCAGUUCCAUUAGAAACAUGUGGAGAAAAUGAUCCUAAGGUGAACUGGUACCCUGAUGUCUAUGCUGCUGCUGAAACUUGGAAUCCAAUGGGGAACAAAAUGUAUGCGUUUAAAAUCAACUUCCUCACCCUCGCCCUUCUCCUACUUUUGCCUUCGGGUUCAAGGCAACAGGUCCCCUCUAACUGUGUCAUCAAGAGGGAGCAGGAGAAAUGUAUGGAGAUGAUGGCUCUGGAAGAUUCUGACUCUGAAUUUGACUGCCUCUGGUUCUGGGAUAACCUGACAUGUUGGCAGCCAGCCAAGAUCGGGGAGGUGAUCCAGGUCAAUUGUCCAGAAUUGUUCUCUCAAUUCAUCAGCGAGGAAGACUUCGAAUUGGGGAAAGUGAGUCGCAACUGCACUGAGUUUGGCUGGUCAGAGACCUUCCCUCAUUAUAUUGAUGCUUGCCUGUAUGAGGAAGGAAAUGGUACACACCCUGACAUGUAUUAUGUGUCAGUGAAGGCUCUCUACACAGUUGGCUACAGCACCUCUCUAGUGUCCCUCACCACAGCCAUGGUCAUCCUGUGCAGGUUCAGGAAGCUACAUUGCACAAGGAACUUCAUCCACAUGAACCUUUUUGUGUCGUUCAUGCUGAGAGCCAUUUCUGUCUUCAUCAAAGACAGCGUGCUUUACGCAGAGGAGGACAGCGACCACUGCUUCAUACACACUCUGGAGUGUCGAGCUGUGAUGAUAUUCUUCCACUACUGCGUCCUCACCAACUACUUCUGGCUCUUCAUCGAGGGUCUGUACCUUUUCACUUUACUGGUAGAGACCUUCUUCCCUGAGAAGAGAUACUUCUACUGGUACAUCGUCAUUGGCUGGGGAAUGCCAACAGUGUGUGUUACCAUCUGGGCGGUCCUAAGGCUGCAGUAUGAAGACAUAGGGUGUUGGGACAUGAAUGACAAUGCUGCCAUCUGGUGGGUCAUAAAGGGACCUGUUCUGGCUUCAAUAAUGAUCAACUUUGUGCUUUUCAUUGGUAUCAUCGUCAUCCUCGUCCAGAAGCUGCAGUCCCCAGACAUUGGUGGGAAUGAGUCCAGUAUUUACCUGAGAUUGGCGCGUUCCACCCUGCUGCUGAUCCCCCUUUUUGGGAUCCACUACACUGUGUUCGCCUUCUUCUCGGAGAACGUCAGCAAGAGAGAACGUCUUGUAUUUGAACUUGGCCUGGGAUCUUUUCAGGGUUUUGUGGUGGCUGUCCUCUACUGCUUUCUGAAUGGAGAGUAUAUCCCUCAAGGUGCAAUCGGAGAUCAAGAGGAAAUGGCGCAGCUGGACGGUGAACAGGUACUUUGCUGUGGACCUGAAGCACCGGCAUCCUUCGCUGGCGAGCAGUGGGGUGAACGGGGGGACGCAGCUGUCCAUACUCAGCAAGAGCAGCUCACAGAUCCGGAUGUCCAGCCUGCAGGCAGAGACCCCAGCCACCUGAGUGGCCCCUGUGGGGAUGCCUCGACUAAACCUGCCAAUACCAACCCCAACCCACCCACCCUCGUCGAGAUGACGAACCUCACCGAGCCAUUCUUCAACACGGAACCUGAUGAAUCCACCAUGGAAACCCAACUGAACUCCAGCGACCCCAAACAGCCUCUUGUGUAAACGUGAAUGUGCCAAAUAAGGACUUACUGAUCUAGGAGCAGCUAAUCCUGUUGUAGGCUGGACUAUGCUGUUUCAUGGCCGAAACAUUAAGAAGUAGCCGCUUCUGUCUCUAUAUAAUGUGUUAGUUUUCAAAGUUGUGUGGUGCUGCUGAACAACAUGAAGGGAUAAACCCAUUAGUUCGACGUGUCCAAUGACUUUUACAUUCUGUCAAAAUGUUUCUUAGCAUUCCUAUUUAGGUCUUAGCUGCAAAAAGACACUAAUCACUCAGUUGUAAAUAUAUAAGGAGAGUUGGAGAUUGCUUUUCUUUACACAUUGGGAUAUAUUUAUCUUGCAAAAAAAACGAUAGAAUUGUAUGACAGUUUCAGUGGCUUGCAGAGGCUGUUUUACUUACUGUCAGCAUAUCUUGUACAUUUUUAACCCAAAUGUUGUGUUGCAAAUAUGGUUGCAACUUUAGUGAAGAGAAAAAAACCUUAUUGUGUCUAUGUUGCAUAAAGGGAAAUGUAAUUUAUGUUUGAAGACCAUGUUUAGGCUGUGGUUGAUGUUCAGGUUUAAUCUGCCUGUGUUGCACAGAUUUCAUAGCAUAGGUUUCUAUAGCUACACAAAGGGCAAGACUAAAUUCAUAAAGUACUCCUUUGCAGGACAAAGAACCACAAGGAAGACAUUAUUUGGAAGACCGAAGCCUCUCACCUCUGUUAAUGAAUGAGGGGCUGUCUGUUGGGUUCUGCGACAACAUAUUUGUGCAGACUUCUGCUGCCCAAAUGAUAUAAACUGACUGCAUUAGUAUUAUUCUUUACUGAUUAAGCUGUGACUGUUAUGUAAGAAACAUGAGUGUUGAAAUCCUAGCAGACAAAGGAAUGCUAGGAACAGAACUAACCAGUGUUAUUUUGUAAAAGAAAAAUGUUUUCUAUUGUUGUGUGACAAGCCAAAACAGACACAGGGUUUAGAUCCUGGUUUAAAGAUGUUUGUGCCACACUGAGGUUUGUCUUAUACGACCACAAGCACCUCUUUUCCAAACCUCAGCGCUUCUCAGCCGCUAGUACAGAAAAUGUCAAUAGAAACAUUGUGACUUAACCUAUUUGCAUGAACUUUAAUUAACUGCUGCCACGCAGUUUCUUUGUGAGAGUUCAGUGCUUUACCUGGAUGCUAGUUUUUGUGUGUGUGUUGAAUGCGCUGCUGUAAAGACAGAGCUUUGUAAUAUAUAUUACUGUCACUUGUGAAGUCUCUAGCAGAGAUAUUGUACAGGUCUUAGAUGAAAGGUCUUGACCCUCUGAAACCUCAAUCAGUUUGUAGUUUACGUAUCUCGAGGUAUUCUUUGUCUAGAUGCUUGAAAAAGCACGUGUAAGUUUAUAUAGUCAUGGUUCAAAAAAACACAUUCUGUUUUAAAUCUUUAUAUCUGUCUUUAAUCAUAAACACAACUGAUUCCACAUGGUUAGUAGUGGGAAAGAAGAAGUAAAACAGAUUUGAUGUGUUAACAACUAAGUAUAGCUGCUUCUGAGACAAAUUUGUCAAUUUCUGUCCAUAUGAAUUAUUCCUUCACAUACUUAAGGAGUUAUUACGUGAAAGACUUAACAGCUUCAUUGAAUAACAUUACCUGACACUUGGCACAAGCAGGAGACCCUCAGCUGCAAAAUUUCAGAAGAGCCAGACAGUGACGAGUUGGCUGCUCACAACAACAAACUAAAAGCAGGAGCUGACUGGCGUGAUGAAGGAGACUAGAAUCAUAUCUGUUGAAAUAGGUGUGGAUCAAAACUAGGCAGUCAGCAACAGGGAGACGAGGAAUGCUGGACAUCCAGUAACCCAUGGCUUUCAAUAAUCUGGCACUGUCUGUCUGCUGGAAUCCAUAAUAUAAAUGCAGUGGAAGUAGUGAAAGGGAUACAUUUUCUUGCUCUUGACAAGGUGUUUCACAUUGGCAUUGAAUAAUAGUAAUUACUUCAGAGCAGAAGCAGUGUGAGAGCAUGCAGACAGACUCAGGUUCUGCAUAGUCUUUCAGUACAAUUGAUAUCUAGACUUUGACUAGGCCAUAAAACAUAUUUAAUCUUUGCUUUUUCUGCCAUUAUUUUGUAGUUUCUGUGCUUGCUCAGUUGUCCUGUGCUUGCAAAAAA